AUGGCUAAGGAAGAGGAUCUCCAACUCCCUGGAGCAGCUACUGGCCCUCAAGGGGAAGUCUCCAGCCCCAAAGCUGCCCAACAGCUUUUCAGAUGCUUUCAGUACCAGGUGUUUUCUGGGCCCCAGGAGACCCUGAAUCAACUUCGCAAGCUCUGUUUUCAGUGGCUGCAGCCAGAGGUUCACAGCAAAGAGCAGAUCCUGGAGCUCCUCAUGUUGGAGCAGUUCCUGAGCAUCCUGCCUGGAGAGAUCCAGAUGUGGGUGUGCACACAGUGUCCCCACAGUGGAGAGGAGGCCGUGACGCUAGUGGAGAGCUUGAAGGGCGAACCCCACAGACUGUGGCAGUGGAUCAGCAGUCAGGUUCUGGGACAGGAAAGCUCACCUGCGGAGGUGGAAUCUACAAGCUACCAAGUGCCAGAGGCAGAGGCCAGUCUUGAGGUGAUGUCUGAGGAGCUGGGACUUCAUUAUGCAAAUUCAGGGCCUGACCAGCAACUGAACCACAUCAUCAAAGAGGAAGCAGACACUGAGCCGGAAUUAGAUGAGGGCCUGUUCUUAUUCAUGGGCGUGGACAGAGCGGACUUGUCAGAUGAACUGGGAGUCUGGGGCAAGGAGAUUGCCAGCAUUUGGGUGUGCCAGGCAGGAGACAGACAAGAGAAUGUCCAAGAGAACCUCAACUUGGAAACCUGUUGGGACCAGGAGCCUCCAGAUGUCCCUUGUCAUAUCACAGAAGAGGUCCCCCCUCAGGGUUCCUUGAUUGACUUCUUUGGAAGUCUAUCUGGGCUGUUUCUCAAGCAGAAGCAAGAGGCCCCCCAGAAGGACCAGUUGAGACUUCAGAUGACCCAGAAGCUCCUCACCUGCAAAGUAUGUGGGAAAACCUUCUAUAGAAAUUCUGAUCUUGUAUUUCACCAGAGAACUUCUAAGGGAAAUAUGUAUUUUCAGUUCCCCACUUGCAAAAAAGCAUUUCUGCAGAGUUCAGACUUUGUGAAGCAUCUGAGAAUCAGCACUGGGGAGAAGCCUUGCAAGUGUGAUCACUGUGGGAAAGGCUUCAGGGACUUUUCUGGAUUACACCACCAUGAGAAAAUCCACACAGGAGAGAAACCAAAGAAACUCUGUGAGUGUCCUGUCUGUGAAAAGAGUUUCAAUAAGAGGGCCAACUUUAAAGUACACUAUCAGAUCCACACAGGAGAGAAGCCCUAUAAAUGCCCUCUCUGUGAAAAGAGUUUCACUCAGAGCUCAAAUGCUGAUGAACAUCAGAAAUCCCAUCUGGGAAAGAAGUCCUCUCCAGAGCUAGACUAUUUUAACCCUUGUCUGUAUGUCAGUCCAGUAAUAAAUACUGAACUUUUAAAAUCAUCUUUAGAAUUACAUCUGUUCUAUACCUGCCUACUUUCAUAG